CGGCUGGCUGUGGCCUGGCGGGCGUGCGUGCAUGCGUGCGGGAGGUAGGCCGGGUGGCGGCACUGUGGCACGGUUCGGCAGGCGUUUCCCUACCAAGCGCUGGGAGGAGGGCCGCUUCCUGUUUGUGUCUCUGUCCGGGGACAAGAGCAGCCAUGGCGGCGGCAGCAGCAGCAGCAACAACGGCGAGUCCUGUGCUUGGCGGGCCUGGCCGGCGCGGAGCCCGUGAGGGGCCGGUCAACAUCCUGGCUCAGUUGCGGCAGGCACAGCUCAGCGGCCGGGGCCUGACGCGUGGGCCGCAGAUCACAGAAGCUCUGUUAAAGGAAAGAGACAAGCAAGCAAAGUGGAAUGGAAUUCCCUUGCUCUUACAGAAGCUAUAUGAGCAUAGCCAUCCCAACAGUGAUUUUUCUCAGUGCCAAAGCAUCUUAAAGGAAAUUUCUUCCCUCCUUUCAAUGGAAGCCAUGGCAUUUGUCACAGAAAAGAGAGAGACCACUCAAGAAUCCAUUUUUCCAAAUACAUACACAUUUGAUUUAUUUGGAGGAGUUGAUCUUCUAGUAGAAAUACUUAUGAGACCAACUCUUAUUACACAAAAGAAGAAACAGAAGAUAAGUGAUGAACUUAUCAAGGAUUGCUUAAGCAUAUUGUACAACACAUGCAUAUGUACUGAAGGGGUCACUAAACGAUUGGCAGAAAGAAAUGAUUUUGUGUUGUUCUUGUUUACAUUGAUGACAAACAAAAAGACAUUCCUGCAAACUGCCACCCUUAUUGAAGACAUCCUGGGAGUGAAAAAGGAAAUGAUUCAGUUAGAAGAUAUUCCAAAUCUCUCCAGUCUAGUCUCUAGCUUUGACCAGCAGCAGCUUGCUAACUUCUGUAGGAUCCUCGCAGUUACAAUUUCAGAGCUUGAUACGGGCAGUGAUGACAAACAUACACUACUUGCAAAGAAUGCUCAACAGAAAAAGAAUUUGGGUCCUUCUCGAGCUGAAAUUAAUCAAGCUACACUCCUCAAUAUACCAGGAUUCAUUGAACGGUUGUGUAAACUUGCCACAAGGAAAGUGUCAGAAACAACGGGAAGUGCCAGUUUUCUUCAGGAGCUGGAGGAGUGGUACACCUGGCUAGACAAUGCACUUGUAAUUGAUGCACUAAUGCGUGUGGCAGAUGAGGAGACGGAGCAAAGCAGCACAGAAUCUUCAGAUGAGAGUGGAUUUGCCAACACCUCAACAAGGAAUCGGAUUCCGCAGUCCAUGAAGAUUAUGCAUGAGAUCAUGUACAAGUUAGAAGUUUUAUAUGUACUGUGUGUGCUUUUAAUGGGCAGACAAAGGAAUCAGGUUCACAAAAUGAUUGCAGAAUUCAAAUUAAUCCCUGGCCUUAAUAAUUUAUUUGAUAAGUUGAUCUGGCGCAAGCAUUCAGCAUCAGCCAUCGUUCUGCAUGGGCAUAAUCAAAACUGUGACUGUAGCCCGGAUAUUACCUUGAAGAUUCAGUUCCUGAGACUACUACAAAGUUUUAGUGAUCAUCAUGAGAACAAGUAUCUCCUUUUAAAUAGCCAAGAGCUUAAUGAACUGAGCGCGAUCUCCCUCAAAGCCAAUAUCCCAGAGGUAGAGGCGGUUGUCAACACAGACAGAAGUUUAGUCUGUGAUGGGAAGAGAGGCUUGCUAACCAGACUACUCCAAGUAAUGAAGAAAGAGCCAGCAGAAUCCUCAUUCAGGUUUUGGCAAGCAAGAGCAGUUGAGAGUUUCCUACGAGGUGCUACUUCCUAUGCAGAUCAGAUGUUCCUACUAAAGAGAGGACUGCUAGAGCAUAUUCUCUACUGCAUUGUUGACAGCGAAUGCAAGUCACGUGAUGUACUUCAGAGUUACUUCGACCUUUUGGGAGAACUGAUGAAAUUCAACAUAGAUGCUUUCAAGAGGUUCAACAAAUACAUCAACACAGAUGAAAAAUUCCAGAUAUUCUUGAAUCAGAUCAAUAGUUCACUGGUUGAUUCCAACAUGCUUGUGCGUUGUAUUACUUUGUCGCUGGACCGAUUUGAAAGCCAGUCAGAUAUUAAAGUUGCAGAAGUCUUGUCUGAGUGUCGCCUGUUAUCAUACAUGUCGCAGAUGUCCAUGAGGAUGUCCUUCCUCUUCCGACUCAUUAAUAUUAUUCACGUACAGACACUCACACAGGAAAAUGUAAGUUGUUUGAACACGAGUCUAGUUAUUCUAAUGCUGGCCCGAAGGAAAGACAAACUCCCCUUCUACCUGCGUACAUUGCAAGAAAUGGAAUACACCAAGAAAUACCCAGGCUUCAUUCUGAAUAAUUUUCACAGUCUUCUGCGUUUCUGGCAACAGCAUUACCUCAACAAGGACAAGGACAGCACCUGCUUAGAAAAUAGUUCAUGUAUUAGUUUUUCCUACUGGAAAGAGACUGUCUCUAUACUGCUUAGUCCAGACCGGACAUCACCUUGUGCCAUAGUUAGCUACAUUGAUGAGGCAUACAUGGACAUUGACAGAGAUUUCACUGAGGAGUAAUUCUUCAAGAUCUGGCUUCCAGUGGACUGUGCUGCAGAGGGGAUGGAUUUUCAGGGAUAUGCUGUGUACUGUGUGCGCAAGCUUGGAACCAUGGGAUGUUACCAUGUUACUUUUCUCUCUCUCGCUCUCUCUCCAACCUCCCAGCUCUGUUUGAAGAGCAAAACUUCACAAACUUCCUGGGCAAACACAUUCAGGGACAUUUAGUGUUCUGUAAGAAAUUGUCUGCAAAAAGCCCAGCCUUUCCUGUUCAGUGUGACUAGAACUUUUUGAGCUUGAUAGAUGGGAUUCUUCAGAUGUGCAGUUUUUAGCUGUGGCUUUUCCUUCUGGUUAUCAGGAUUAGAUGUUACAAGUGCAGGCAAUUUCCUGGGCCAUCCAACACAAAACAGGUCAGUUUUAUGGGCACACCAAAUGCACACCAGCCACACUUAGACACCUUAUAGGCUUUCUUUUAAUUUUAAUUUUUAUGCUUUCCUUUGCAUUGGGAUUUGGGAUUUCGAGUUGUGUUCAGGGGGUUUUGUGCUUAAAUUCUUGGAGGCAGUUGUGCUCUCCACUUCUUUGCAAACUAUUUUGGAAUUGCUUCCUACCAAACUGUGUCCAAAGCUCUUAUUUUGUUGUGGUAUUGCAUUCAGAAGUACCGCUAUUCCUGCAACCUGUUCUGUGGAAAUCUCGUCUCCAGCUGAUUUUUACAGUGUUGUCUAGAACAGGCAUACAUCGUGGUAAUGAAAUUAGCCUAGUUUUAACUGGGUCCAUAAAUUAAAAUUUACUGGGUUUUUCUCUAAAUGUUGCAGCCUGACCAUUUGUCAAUAACCAAGGCAAGUUGGAUGUUUCUUUCCACAACCCUGUUUUGGCUAACAAUGCAGUCCACUCUUGAGCAGAAGUCAUACUAAUCUGCAGUCCUGGAAACCCAGCACUACAUGCUAAGACUGCAAAUUAAUAAUCUUCUGAUGGAUGUGUAUUUUGCUCUUGAAAUAGAAUAGCUACUGUAGGUGUCAACUCUUCUCUCCUGUUGGUUUCCCACUGAGUUCGAGAUGAAUCACUCAGCAGAUCCUGAGUUUGCUGUUGUAACUGCCAGAGUUAGAAGAGGUCACCUGCCAGAAAGUUUCUCUAGUGAACAUUUUGCUAAAGCACUUUAAAGGGUUUAUUAAGCAUUAACAGCCCUUUUUCUCCCUCAACUUUAGUUAUUCUGAUUAUCCCUUUAAUGUGUGAAUUUACAAUUCUAAAACUAUUUUAUUUUAUGAAGAAUGCACCACUGUGAAAGGCCUUGUGUUAGACUGCCACACAGAAUUUGCACCUUGAUGUAAGACUUUUCAUCUGAAUCAGUGUCAGAAUCAGCCCUUAAUUACACGGACCUUUUUGUAGUGUCCACUUGAAACCUGGGAAUGAGGAGUGCUUGACCUGCUAUUUCUUUGCCUGCACUCCUUGUUGCACCUUACUUUUACCUAAAAAUAAUGGAGAGAGCAACUGUAUUGGAGCUGCUUUUGGCAUGAACUAAUUGAAAAACUUGCCUAAAAUAAAAAAUGCUCCCACUUCCAAGAUGAAGUGUAGUACAAUUCCCACAUAAAGGCCCAAUCAUUCUUUGGUUUGGAGAGUCCUAAUGACUCCAUCUGUUAGUGGAACAAAGCCGAACUUGGUUAGGACUAAACUCAUGUGUCUCAUCUCUUGUGGUUUUCCUUCAAAAAAUAAAUUAAAACCUGGGGGCAAAUUUCAAGCAUGCAGCAACCAGUGGCAUGUUUGACAGAGGGAUUUUUUUCAAGAUACGUUUAAAUAUCUCUUCCCUUGAGGCACUUUGUUCACCCACAUGCCUAUAGCAGAUGCCACUCUUUCAAGUGAGUCCAAAUGUUGGGACAGCCUUCAACACAGGCAACUGCCUCUGGUUUUUAAGCCUUUCCUUCCUAGGUUUAUCCCUCCUCCCCGCCCCCCCCCCCACACCCCGUAGCUUUCGACAUGCAUUUGUGUGCUGAGUCUAUAACUAGUAGCCAUAAUACCUCUAAAUAAAUACCAUGAAUUUGGAUGCCUGUUUAGUAUAUUAAAUCCAGCCAUAAAUCUGCAAAGAAUGCACUUAAAAGUUCAUCACCAUUUGUGCAUAAAAUUGUGUUUUCCUUGCCAUUGAAGAGUCAGGCUGUUUUCCAUCCUUAUAAAGUUGGCUUGAGUGAGACUGUAAUGCAAAUUCCUCAGCUGCUUCUGGGGGUGGCUUGAUGGUUUUUUCCAUUAUGCUCUGUCUGUGUUUGGGAGGUGGGUUUAUUGGUGUCAGCAAUUCCAAGGUCUUGGGUUGGGAAGUUUUGACUCAGGCUGCACCAUUUGCCUUCUGGUUCUCACAAGGAGCUUGUAGGUUUGAGAGUUAUCCUGUCACUGCUCCUCCUAUGGAACCUUCCCUGCAAAUGGCUAGAGACUGCAGUGAUAAGAUUUGGAUUCAGUACAAACUGCUUCAGGGCGUGGUGCUGGUGAGUGACUCAGAUGUGGCCGAGAAAAGAAAGUGGCUGUAUUGACUUUGGUUUGGAUUUGUAAUCACUAAAGGAAUGGAACUGAUGUGUGGCAGAAGGGUGGGCCCCACCAGGCCAGCAAAUGUUCCUGGAAAUUUAAGUAUCUCAAAUGGAUUAAUGUUCAUGCUGCCCCAGAUUAAUGCUGAUUUACUAACAGCACAUAAAUGUAUUAAAUGGGAACUAUUAAAGAAUUUUAUUUUAGAAAGAG